AUUAUCGAAACGUCUCUUUGGAUCGGGUCGCAGGGUUUGGGCGGGUCGGGCAGUUCCUUGAACCGCCAAAAUGGAGCUCUCUGCCGAAGCCCGUUUAGAAGCUACCAUGACUCAGUAGGUGUAACCGACAGGAUGAAUGCCCGAAAUAGAGCAACCAAGGCGGAGUACAGCUUCAGAGAAGAAGAAGAAGAAUGGCUCAGGCAGUGCAGAAGAACACCCUCUACGUUGGGGGUUUAGCAGAGGAGGUGAACGAGGCAAUACUCCACGCCACCUUCAUUCCCUUUGGGGACAUAAAGGACGUGAAGACACCCUUGGACCAGGCGACGCAGAAGCACAGGUCCUUCGGAUUUGUCACGUUCCUCGAGAAGGAGGACGCCAUCGCCGCCAUGGACAACAUGGAUGGCGCCGAGCUCUACGGCCGCGUCCUCACCGUCAAUUACGCCCUCCCCGAGCGCAUCAAGGGUGGCGAACAGGGUUGGGCCGCUCAGCCCAUUUGGGCCGAUGCGGACACAUGGUUUGAAAGACAGCAACAAGAAGAGGAAAUGCAGCGUAUUCAGGCAGAGAACCGAGCUGCAAUGCAAGCAGCAGAGGAGUUGCAUAGGAAGAAAAUGGCCGAGGAGAAAGAGGGGGAAAGGGAAGAAACAGAUGCUACAGAUGACCCCAUGGCAAGGGCUGAGGCAGAGGCCCUGCAAGAAAACCACUAGUUCUUUGCUGCCACGGAUGCGUGUUUGACAUUCUUGGGCUUUCUUCGCUUUGUUCUCCCCUGUUCACUUCUGCAACUGUUCAACGAAAUUUUGCUGGUGAACAAAGGUUGCACUAUUGUAUAGAUGAUCAGCAUUUUCAACAUUCUUGAUUGAUAGUUUUUCUUUGGUGUUUAGAUUGCACAAUUGAUUUGCAUCGCGACCAGAUUCGACUUCUUAGUCUUCUGGGUGAAUGAUAAACCAUAACAAGCCUGUUAUGAUA